UCUCGGAUGCGUCGUUGUUGCGCAAGGUCAUAGAAGGAUGUCGCCUUCCCGUUCGUAUGAGCGAUACAGACGAAUGGCCUCUGGCAGAAAUUCUUAGCAAGCGAGAAAGCGGCAGCAAGAAAGAAUUUUACGUGCACUACAUUGAUUACAAUAAACGAUUAGAUGAGUGGGUGACACCUGACAGAAUGAAUCUAGGAAAACUGCAGCCACCAGCAAAGAAAGAGCCGAAGAGUCAGUCUGGAAGCGCAAAAGGAUCUCGACCAUCAUCACCAGACAGAGAACCUAAUGCUCAAUUUCGGAAACAAGUUAGUCAGAAUAGGAAACGAAAAUUGGGAAUGUUGGACAGAGCAGAUGAGGAAAACUCCAGUGAUGCUCCUCCACCACCAAAAACGGGCAGUUUGCGGCCUCACGGUGGUAGUAUGUCUCAUGAUGAUGUGAUAACUCGUAUCAAGAAUGUUCAGAUGAUUGAAUUGGGUCGAUAUCGAAUCAAACCGUGGUACUUUUCUCCGUAUCCAAUCGAACUAACUUCAGAGCCUGUCAUUUACUUAUGCGAGUUCUGCCUGAAAUAUGUAAGGUCACGCAAGUGUCUUGAGAGGCACAGGACGAAAUGUACUAUCAUCCAUCCACCAGGAAAUGAGAUCUAUCGCAAAGGAAGUUUGUCAGUGUUUGAGAUUGAUGGUCGCAAGAAUAAGAUGUAUGCCCAGAAUCUAUGUCUAGUUGCUAAGCUUUUUUUGGAUCACAAGACUCUCUACUAUGACACAGACCCAUUCCUGUUUUAUGUCAUGACAGAGAUGGACAGUCAUGGCUUUCAUACUGUUGGCUACUUUUCCAAGGAGAAGGAAUCUACAGAAGAUUACAACGUGGCGUGCAUUCUCGUGCUUCCUCCUUUUCAGCGAAAAGGCUAUGGCAAACUUCUAAUUGAAUUCAGCUAUGAAUUGUCCAAAUUUGAAGGAAAGUGUGGACACCCCGAAAAACCACUGUCAGACUUAGGGCUGUUGUCAUACCGAAGCUACUGGACUCAAACUCUGUUGGAGGUCAUUAUUGGCCUUCCACGUGCAGAUGAUGGAUCGUCACCAUCAGUUGCAAUAAAUGAGUUAUGUGAGGUGACGAGUGUAAGGAAGGAGGAUGUAAUCUCUACUCUCCAUCAUCUCAAUGCAAUUCAUUACUACAAGGGCCAAUAUGUGCUACAUGUAUCAAAAGAAGUGCUGGAAGGUCACCAGAGAUCGAUGGAAAAACGGAAGGUUCGUAUUGACUCCAAGCAUUUGCACUGGACACCCAAAGAUUGGGCGAAACGAGGGAAGUGGUAGACAGGUGGAUCUAAGUGUACAGUACAGUACGAUGUAGUUGUUGAUAUUUGUUGGUAAUUUAAUGGAUGGUAAUGGUAUUUAGCCGAAUUUGGUAGUUGCUGUAGAGUUGUAUAGUAGGAAUAUUGCAAUAGCAGAAACUGGGCCUGGAGUGUUGGUGAGUUUCAAUU